CUCUGAAGCAGCCAGUCUCUUCACUAACCACACCGUCUUACAUGAAUAACAGAGAAUAAGUGGACUAACGCAUCUCAAACUUUCAAUGGAGAAUAUCCAGAACCAGGAGGCAGAGGACAACCCUUACCUGUGUUUCCAGCGAACACCAUCUCUCAGACGUAAAUGGAGGAAACGCUAUGGCGGUCUGGACGGCAACAAGCUCCUGGAGCCCAGUAAAGACCCAGACAUGAAAGAGGAUGGAGGGAUGACAGAUGAGAGUCAGCAGAGGAACGCUGGGAACCAGGAUUCUGCACCACGCCCAGCCCCUAGAAACCUGAUCCAGGUCCUGACUCCAGUCCAGAGACCCAUCAGUCUCGUCAGUCCUGGGUCUGCAGUCGUCCCCAUGUCUGCCAGUAACGGCUGCUUGAAGCCUCCUCUUCCUCAAGCGGUGGUCCAGCCAGAGGACAGAGGCUCCAGCUCUGGACCCCCCCAGCCCUGGUUCCCCCCUCAGCAGAGCCCGUCCAAACGCAGGGCAGCUGCCGAUGUAUUGUUUGACAGCUUUGCCUCAGAUGGAAGAAUUAACGUCAACCAGUUCUUUGAGGCCAUCUGGAGCUCUGGUCUGCACAGAUCCGACCCUCGGCUCAGAGAGUGUUUUUUCCACCUGAGGAAACUGCAGGAUGCAGAGGGAACAGUGGACAGAAACGCCUUCCAUAGAUGCGUCACAGGAUUCGUCUCCCUCAUCCUGAAAGCUCUGCAGGGACGAUUCGUCAUUCCAGACUUCUCCACCUUCACUGAAGAAACUCAGAAGUUAUUUUCAAGGUGUCGACAGCUGUCAUCAGUCCAGGAGAAGGAAAAGGAGGGCAUAGACAGCAUUAAAUGGGGCGUCUCCGUCUGCACCGUGGACGGACAGAGGUUGUCUCUGGGGGACUGGGCGGGCUCGGUGGUCCUGGGCGAGGUGUCAUGGCCACUGGUCUAUGGCGUGGCGGUGGACCUGCUGGGCUCUGACCUCGUCCACAGAUAUGUCGGUGUAGAGGAGUACUCCAGAUACGACUCUCCAUUCACUCUCACUAAAACAGGAAUCCCUCAUAGCCCACUCACUGAAACCGGAGCCAUCGUAACCACAUCUUUACUACCGCUGGCGGGGAGGCUGUGUGCAGAGGAAGAGGAAAAGUAUGACUCAGUGCUGAAUGUCAUUCGAAGGCUCUGUAACAAGGAGCACGCCAACUUAAACUGCACCAGCUAUCAGAGCAGCAGGAAGGCCAGUGUCCGGCUUCAUGCUUUGUCCUUCUAUCUUCAGGAGAAGAAGUGUUUUCCAGAGAAGGCGGACAUUAAUGCUGCUUUGGAUCUAAUGCUUCAGUGUGCUGCAACAGAGGUCACCUGUGAAUCAGGAGCUGCCAUGGCUGCAUCGUUAGCCAAUGGUGGCCUCUGCCCACUGUCAGGUGAUCAGGUGCUGUCACCCAUGGCAACACGGAGUAUGCUGUCCAUGAUGCAGGUGGCAGGGAUGAAAGACUACUCCACAACCUUUCACUUUAAGACGUCGGUUCCAGCUGUGUCCAGCAGUUACGGCUCUCUUCUGGCUGUUGUCCCUGGUGUUCUGGGGCUGAUGGCAUUCUCUCCAGAGUUAGACGCCUGUGGAAACCCCUGGAGGGCCGUCCACUUCUGCCAGGAGCUGAUUUCAACAUUUCAGCUGCACAGUUUUGACAUCAGGACUCCGUUCAGACAGGUUCUCGCUUACAGACAGUGGAAAGCUGAAUCUGAGGGAUAUCAGAUCAUGAACGUAUUGUUGGCAGCUUUUAAAGGUGACGUUCAGUCCCUUAGAAGGUACUUCCUGUCUGGAGUUGAUGUAAAUGCUGUCGACUACGAUGGCAGGUCAGCUCUGCAUGUUGCAGCUGCUGAAGGUCACACAGAGGUCAUCCGCUUCCUGCUGGAGAACACCAGGGCGAACCCGGGUCUUAGGGACAGGUGGGGGAGCUCUCCUCUGCAGGAGGCCCGGAGACACAACAGAGACGCUGCUGUCCAACUGCUGCAGGGAGCCAUCUGACCUGAGACCUGUUAAACUGUCCUUAAUACGUCCACAGUUUAGAAAAAUAGAAAAAUAAAAUAAAAACAAAGAGGUACCCAUGAUAACAAAAUAUAUGAAAGCUCAGAACACAUAGUACAGAGGUGUCAAACUCAUUUUAGUUCAGGGGCCAUAUUCAGCUAAAUUUGAUCUGAAGUGGGCCGAACCAGUAAAAUAAUAACAUAAUAACCUAUAA